AUGGUUUUUUCUUCAAUUCCAGCUUAUCUUGAUUCAGCCAACUGGCAGCAGCAACAAAACCAUGAAAUUGGAAAUAGUUCCACAAAUUCUUUACUUCCAGCUGCACCACAGCCUUCACCACCAGCCCCGCAGCUACCACAUGCCACCAGUGGUUCAGGAUCAAUCCGGCUGGGCAGCAUGGUUGAAAGAGCUCGGUUAGCCAGCAUGCCGAUGCCAGAGGCUGCCCUCAGAUGCCCUCGAUGUGAAUCAACAAAUACAAAGUUCUGCUAUUUCAACAACUACAAUCUUUCGCAGCCUCGACACUUCUGUAAGACUUGCAGAAGGUACUGGACUAGAGGCGGCGCUUUGAGAAGCGUCCCAGUUGGAGGUGGUUGUAGGAGAAACAAAAGAAGCAAAGGUACUAAUACAAAGUCUCCUGUCAACACGGAUGGGCAAAUUACCACCUCCAGUUCUGCUGAUUCUCUUUCCUCUAACAACGGAAUUACAACUAAUAUAUUAGGCCACACACCUCAUAUUCCGCCUCUUCGAUUUAUGUCUCCUUUGAGUCAAUUCACUGAUAACUACAGUACAGGUGAUAUUAGCUUAAAUUACAUUGGAAAUGCAGCUCCGGUUGUGGGAACGAACGGUACGAAUUUUCCAGUAGAAAGUAACUUACUUGGUGGUCACAUUGGUGGUGGAAUGACUUCCUUACUAUCAAGUGGUGGCGUUCAGCAGUGGCGGUUGCAGCAACAAUUCCCUUUCUUGGGUGGUUUGGAUACAUCUCCGGCCGGGCUUUACCAAUUUCAAGGCGGAAUGGAGCAGUCAAGCUUUGUUGGUGAUCAUACUAUGAAUCCUAAACUUUCUAGCUCAAUGUUGACUCAACUUGCAUCGGUGAAACUGGAAGAAAAUCCCGGAUUGAAUUCGUCGAGGCAAUUUAUGGGAAAUGAUCAGUGGAGUACUGGUGCUGCCUGGACAGAUCUCUCUAAUUUUAGCUCUUCUUCCACAAGCAAUCCUUAG